AUGAUUGGUUUUGUUGCAUUAGUUAUUUGCAUAACGGUUUUGUUUGUUUUCACUAAUAACAAGAGGAACGAGAUGAACAAGAAGCAACAGAAACAGCCAGAGGUCGAUCUUCGCAAUAAGGUCAUUGUGAUUACCGGUGCCAAUGCCGGUUUGGGCAAAGAGAUUGCACUGCGAUUGGCUGCACGACAAGCACAUAUCAUCAUGGCAUGCAGAACCGAGCGAAAGGCACGCGAUGCAGUCGCUGAAUCAAAGAUGGCUCAGAUCUGCUCGACCUACGAGUUGCACCGUCGUGUUGAAGCGUACGCAGCGGAGCAUCCCGACCAACCGAGACUCACCAUCAACUCUGUUCACCCCGGUAUCUUUGCGAGCGAGAUUGUCGACUUGCCAUUCCCACUGAAGAAUCUCUAUCACGCCGUUUUCAAAUCGGCAGCGUACUGCUCCGAGUUUAUCAUUGAGUCGCUGGUUGCAUCCAAGUUUGAUCGCACCAGUGGCAAAUAUUUCGAUCAUGGAAAGACCGUCAGUUCAUCAUCUUCAUCGUACGACACCGUCCUAUCAUCACAACUCUACACCCAGAGUCUUCAGUUAUUAUCAACACAUUUCAAUAUAGACCAACAAAGUGAUCUAACAAAAUUAAUAUUAAAAUAA